UUUGGAAAAGGCUCCAGCUGGCAGGGGGCGGGGGCAGGAAGGGAAGAAGUUUUAAAGACGGCUCCAGCCUUUUGCCUAUUGGACCAAAGCCUCUCCCCCCAAGUUCUGUGUUUUUUUCCAGUUGUAUUUUUCCCCACCGGCUGCCGGGCUGUUUCUCCGCAGCGCAGCGCAGCGCAGCGCAGCGCGGCACGGAGGGGCCCCCGGGCGCACGGCCCGCGCCGAUGCUCUAGGCUCCGCUGAGAUGCGCUAGGGGCAAAGCCAGGGCGCCUCGAGGGGAGCGGGCCCCCCCUGCGGCGCAGAGCGGCCGGGAGCUGCGAGGAACGGAGCCGCUGGGGCGGGCGGCGGGCGGGGGCCGGGACGCUGCCCAGGAGGGCGAUCGGGAGAAGAGGAGGAGGGAGAGGAAUCGCUCGCGGCUGGAGGCUGGGGAGCGAGCCCCGCGCACGGAUGCGGCCUGCAGUGCAGCUGAACCCCACCAUGCUCCUUCCAGGUCUGAAGAUGUUCCUCCUCUUCCUUGCAGGUUUGCCAGCUGCGGUGUCUGGAAGCAGCAAGCUGCACAUUUCACCCAGCGACCCCGAAGUCAUCCUCAGUCUCUUCAGCAACUUCUCACUGACAUGCUCGGGGGAGGCCGAGGUGGUCUGGGAACGGGACACGCAGCCCAUAGCCGCGUCGCCGGAGUGGAGAGACGGCACCUUUUCCAGCACGCUCACACUCUGGAACGUGACAGGCCUUGACACGGGCGAGUACGUCUGCACCUACAACCAAUCCCAGAAUCAGAAGCACGCGGAGAGACAGGCCGUCUAUGUCUUUGUGCCAGACCCCUCCUUGGUCUUCCUCCCCACAACCUCCGAGGAAUCAUUCAUCUUCAUCACCGGCAACAGCGAGGCCACCAUCCCGUGCCGCGUCACUGACCCCCAGGCCAGGGUGACUCUCUAUGAGAGGAAGGUGGAGAACCCAAUUCCCGCGGUCUAUGACAGGCAACAAGGCUUCAAGGGGUUCUUCGAAGACAAGACCUACAUCUGCCGGGCAACGCUAGAUGAGCGGGAGGCGGACUCUGAGGCGUAUUACGUCUACAGAAUCCAGGUCUCGUCCCUCAAUGUUUCCAUCAGCGCGGUGCAGACCGUGGUGAAGCAAGGCGAGAACAUCACCGUGAUGUGCACUGUAAGCGGCAACGAAGUGGUCGAUUUCAAAUGGUUUUACCCUCGCCAGGAGGCAGGUAAGGCCGUGGAGCCUGUGAUGGCCUUCUUGCCUGGAUCCAGCCAUGACAUCCGCUCCACCGUGACCAUCCAGAACGCAGAGCUGGAGGACGCCGGCACCUACAUCUGCCACGUCUCCGAGGUCUACCUCCAGAAUAUGGACAAGAAGGACAUUGAGGUCAACGUGAUCGAGCGUGGCUUUGUGAGGUUCCACACUGGUCUGAACAACAUCGAGUUGGCCGAGGUGCACAAGAGUCGCACCAUCCAGGUGCAGAUCGAGGCCUAUCCGCAGCCAACCAUCCUGUGGCUGAAGGACAAUGAGACUCUGUGGGUGGGGAACAGCAGCGAAUUCGCCAUCACCAGCAAGAACCUGUCGGAAACCAGGUACCAAACCACUCUGACCCUGGUGCGGGUGAAGCAGAAAGAAGGGGGAUUCUACACCGUCCGGGCAUCCCAUGAGGAUGACAUGCAGGAGCUGUCCUUCUACCUGCAAAUUAACGUGCCCGCCAACGUGUUGUCGCUGAAGGAGAACAGCAAUGCCAGCAGUGGGGAGCAGACCGUCACGUGCUCCACUGAAGGGAUGCCCCAGCCGGAGCUCAGGUGGUUCACCUGCAGCGACAUCAAAAGGUGCGGCACCAAGGAGCAGCCCACCAGGGUCCUGGGGAACAACUCAGAGGAGAUCAACCUGCAGACCAUCUCCACGUACCACGAGACGCUGAAGGUUUACAGAGUGAACAGCACGCUGCGGCUCCGCAGGGUGGACGAACCCCUGCUCAUCAGAUGCUCUGUGCAGAACCUCCUGGGCAGUAACUUUCAGGACAUCACCCUGGUCUCACACGCUUUGCCCUUUAAGAUGAUCAUCAUCUCAGUCAUUCUGGCCUUGGUGGUGGUGCUUGCCGUCAUCUUCCUGGUGAUCCUCAUCGUCCUGUGGCUGAAGAAGCCUCGCUAUGAAAUCCGUUGGAAGGUGAUUGAGUCGGUCAGCUCCGAUGGACAUGAGUACAUCUACGUGGAUCCGAUGCAACUCCCCUACGACUGCAGCUGGGAGCUCUCCCGGGACAAGCUAGUGCUAGGUCGCACUCUCGGAUCCGGAGCCUUUGGCCGAGUUGUGGAGGCAACGGCCCAUGGCCUGAGCCAUUCGCAGUCCACGAUGCGAGUGGCCGUGAAAAUGCUCAAAUCUACCGCCAGGACCAGCGAGAAGCAGGCCCUGAUGUCUGAGCUGAAAAUCAUGAGCCACCUGGGACCUCACCUAAACAUUGUCAACUUGCUUGGAGCCUGCACCAAAGGAGGCCCCAUCUAUAUCAUAACGGAGUGUUGCCGCUACGGAGACCUCGUGGAUUACCUGCUCCGGAACAAACACACCUUCCUCCAGUACUACACUGAGAAAGCAAGGCGAGAGAUGGAGGUGGAUGGGAAUGCCUCCGAAGAGGACAAGGUGUACAGCCUCACCUCCUUCUCUGUCGAAAGCGACGGGGGCUACAUGGAUAUGAGCAAGGAUGACUUCCUGGACUACGUUCCCAUGUCUGAUAUGAAGGGAGAGAUCAAGUAUGCUGACAUUGAGUCCUCCAACUACGGCACCCCCUACGAGCUGGACAGCUAUUCCCCCUCAGCUCCCGAAAGGACGGAUCGCGUGACCCUGAUAAAUGAGUCCCCGCUCCUCAGCUACACAGACCUGGUUGGGUUUAGUUUCCAGGUGGCCAACGGGAUGGAGUUCCUCGCGUCCAAAAACUGUGUGCACCGAGACCUGGCAGCAAGGAACGUCCUCAUCUGCGAGGGGAAGCUGGUGAAGAUCUGUGACUUUGGCCUGGCCAGAGAUAUCAUGAGAGAUUCCAACUACAUCUCCAAAGGCAGCACCUUCCUGCCUUUGAAAUGGAUGGCGCCUGAGAGCAUCUUCAACAACCUCUACACAACCCUGAGUGAUGUGUGGUCUUUUGGGAUCCUCCUCUGGGAGAUAUUCACUCUGGGUGGGACUCCAUACCCUGAACUACCCAUGAAUGAGCAGUUCUACAAUGCCAUCAAAUGUGGCUAUCGAAUGUCUAAACCCACCCAUGCUUCCAACGAGAUCUAUGACAUCAUGCAGAAAUGUUGGGAAGAGAAGUUUGAGAUAAGACCUUCCUUCUCUCAGCUGGUGGUACUUAUGGGGAACCUCCUGGCAGAUGGAUAUAAGAAGAGGUACCAACAGGUCGAGGAGGAAUUCCUGAAGAGCGACCACCCUGCUGUUCUGCGCACAAGGCCCAGAAUCCUAGGGGUCAGCAGCGCCGGGCUCACCCCCAGCUCUGGCACCGGAAGUGUCCUCUAUACAGCUGUGCAGCAGGAUGGGGGGGACAACGAUUACAUCAUCCCUCUCCCUGAUCCCAAGCCCGACGGAAUCGAUGACGCCCCUCAGGAGGCUUCUGUCAGCCGGGCCAGUUCUACUCUGAACGAAGUGAACACAGCGUCCACAAUAUCCUGCGACAGCCCCCUGGACCUACAGCAGGAAGGGGAACAGGAACCUGAACCAAAGUCGGGCUGCCAGGAGCCAAGCCCAGGGCACCACGACACGGAAGAAAGUUUUCUGUAGAAGGGGCAGAGCUGAUGCUAGCCCACACCCUACCAGUGAGACCAGCUGUGGGGCAACCAGACUUGGUGGAGAACCUUGUUGGGUGCUUAUUUAUCCCGCCCUCCGUCCCACCUCCCGGCACAACGUGGACUAUAGAGGCACCUUUCCCCUCCCCCAGCCUCACUGCCACACUCCACCCCAUUGAUCAAACUACUGAAACGAGGAGGGGUCUCCUCACAGACAAACCUCUUCUCCUCACAGUGAAGCCUGCAGUGCUCCCAGUCCAAGGGGCAGGGCACCAGCGAGUCUCCAGAGGAGAUGCUGCCGUUCACUCCACUUGUUUGAUAUCCCAGCCUCCUUCCCGUGCCCCGGUGCAGUAGGUGGCUCUGAAUUUCAGUGUCCAUCUGGGCCGAAGCUGCCUCUUUGAUGUUCUGCGUGUCCAUCACGCUGGGGUACAGCUGCCGUAGUGCUGUACAUGGCUGGGCUGGACAGAUUCCUUGCAGCUCACUGGUGGGGUGUCAGGAAGCCGACAGGCCAGGCCCCAGUCGCUAGAGAACAGGAUCAUACUGAGUGGAUUCUCUCUCGAGCACAGAAGAGCUAUUGUGGCCGCUGAGGAGAAACCAGCCGUGGGUUUCGGAGACGUUUAGUCACAUUCUUCCCCUCUUGCCCUGUCCAGCCUUUCUGAGGUGGAUGCGGCACCACACGCACUAUGGUACAGGUACCUGUGGCACUGGGCCACAAUGCUGCAUCUACCCCAAGGAGAGGUCUUAGGCUGACCCUCUUCCUGCCCACAGCAGCCUGGGUUCCGAAGGGCCUGCCAGGAACCAGGGAUGCUCCGAUUCUGACUCUGCUGUGGCAGCGUCUCACUCCAGCAUUGUCUUCCUCUAUGUGGACUCUAAGCCUAGACAGUCUCCAUAUCGCUCAUUUAAAGGGAACAAAUGAGAUCUCUUAAUUCACUAGCCGGGGCCAGUAUAGGAACAAAAAUGGCUAUUCAUUAAUCCUCUAGUGCCAGGGAACCUAUUUCACCUGCUGGGAAAGUCUCUCAACCCAGCUGGUGCCAGAAUCUUUGUUUUAUCUUUGGGAAGCAGGGGUAUGAAGUUGAUGUUACUUUGUUCAUACGAGUUCCCCUUUCCGUGCCGUCUGGGUCCCUCACGUGAAUUGCAGCCUCUUGCCCUAGGUGAGUAACGAGGCUGCAUAAACACAAGCCCAGGCGGUCCAGGGACAUAGAGAGAGAGAGAGAGAGAGAGAGAGGAUGAGAAGUCAUCUGCAGUGAUGCGAGACUCACCCCUGCGGCACCUCCUGCUGGUCAUCCAGGAAUUAGCUCGCCAGCCUCCAGAUCGCCCUCUGUCGGCCAGUGUCUCGCCUCUCGCUAGCCCCUGUGUCCCCCCUGAACUCCGGUGUCCCUUUCCCUUGGAAGCUGCCCCUGGCAGUACUCCCACAGUCUCUGGGUCUCCCCUCCCAGGGGUACCCCCAACCCCCUAUCCCCACCUCGCCUCAGUAUAUGGCUACUGCUAGUCACCACCUAGCUCCUGUUCACUGGGGCGGACUGCAGUGUACAAGCCACUCAUCACAGGCAAGGGGGGUUUAGACCUGCUGCCUCCGCCUACCUUUGGGCUGCCCUGUUGCAACCCCAGUACCCUGUCUUAGGCUGUUUGCCAGGCCUGCAGCCUGGGGCUUUUCCAGCCUGGAGCCUCCCAGCUCCUCUGGCCUUCCCCAGCCCUCCUUCACCUCAGGUACCCUGGUACGCUCCCCAGCAGCCAGGCCCAUCUCUCUCCACAGCUAGAGGAGACUCUGUCUGAGCAUCUGGCUCACAGCCCUUUUAUAAGGGCCAGCUGUGGUCUGUUUGGGACGUGGCCCCAGCUGUGCCUACUUCCCCAAUCAGCCUGGGAGCUACUUGCCCCCAGCCACAGCCUUCUCCUGGGCUGUUUUAAGCCCCUCUGGGCAGGAGUGGGUGACCACCCCGCUACAUCAUCUGAGAGCUGUAUAUGGUCUUGCCACUUACAGUCUCUUUGACUGUACAAAUACGUGGGGGAAGCCAACUUUUAAACAACAAGCAGCAUUUGUGUUUGCCAGGGGCAGCCGUUCUCAUGCUGACAGGAUCUAUGGAGCCUUUCAGGAUGGUACAUUUUGGGACCCAAGCAGAGGAGGAAGGAUCAGGUUGUCAGAUGGGAAGUGGGCCUUAGAAAGUGGAAUGCGGAAUGGAAAUGUUGGAGACCCCUCAUCUUCCUUCAAACCCCUCCUCUACCCGCAUUGGCAGGGCUGUGACCUGUAGUGCUCUGAGCUUCCACUCAUUAUUUGAAGAGUUAAACCAGGUGGAAAGCAAGGAAACCAUGAAAAUCCCCACCAGAGUGGCUGAAAAGCCAUAAAACCAGGAAGGUUAUCACAAUGCCUUCAGCUAGGAAACCAGCAUUUUCUCCCUUUUGAAUAGCAUCAAAUUUCUUAGCACCCUUUUCCUCCACAUCCACAGCUCCUUCUAGCUCAUCCACUUCCCUGUCUCUCUCUCACACACAGUGGCUGUGCACUUAUUAACAGAGAUGGUUGGAAAUGUUCAGAUUUUCAAUGAUGUUCUUUGUGGAGGUUUGUUGGCCAGUUUAUAGAGCCGUCUAAAACUGUCCACUGAAAAACACUGAAAAUUUUGGUGUCUUUUCCAAUCAGCUCUAGUUGUUAACAGUGACAUAUUUAUAAAGUUAAAUCCAGAGGAACAGGUACCUGUGUGUGUGUCGGGGGGUUAUGUUUUUAAUAAAAGGUGAAAGCUAGACAUAGCACUGUUAGUGGUAGCCAGCCAAGUGCUACUGCAAUACUGCAAGCCAUGGCCAGGGGCGUUUCUCUAUUUCCUGCAAGUAUGGUCAGAUUUUCUCAUAUCCCCUCAUCCUCAGGAAUCGUUGUGUUUUCCUACACACUUUUCCUCUUGAUCGUAGUGCAGGAUCCAGUGGACAUUACUCAAGAAAUGCCCCAAACCACAGGGAAGCAACAAAACAUGAGAUCGUCGGGGUUAGCUCACUUUUCCUCAGUUUCUUAGGUGCUCUGUAGGGCACAAGCCACUGCAACUUCAGCCAGGUGAAGGGAUGCUGCUCUUAUCAAAUAGUUUGUGUCCCGCUUUUGUCCCAGAUUUCUAACACCUCUCAAUCUGGGUGGAUUUAACAGAUCCCCUCUAUGGUCAGAGCAGAUUUCUCUUUUUAUGGUGCCCCAUGCUACUACUUGAAAUAGAAGCUGUGAUUUAAAGAACCCAUUAGCUAAUGCCCGCAUACCAGCCCUAUGCAAAAUUUAGCUGUAUAAAUCUGACCUUGUGACUCUGGGGCUAGCAGGAAGUCUGGCAAAUUUGUGCUGGUGCUGAACACUGUCUGGCUACUUCCAGCCCCAUCUGAGCUUGACGUGAAGAGUUUGAUUUGCCUUCCGCUCCGCUGGGUUGGAAAGCUUUUUGGUUUCACAUCCUGCUGCGAGCAUGCAGUGUCUCGCUGCCUUGUGUCAGAGUGAGACACCCAAUCGGAUAAGGGCAGACAGCGCUGACCAGGUGAGCCUCCCCCAAGGUAAGAGGUCCAGCUGGGCAGCCUCAGUAACACCAAGCAGGGAAAACCCUUUUCAAAGAAAGGAGUCUGCUCAUUUUAAUUCCCCACCGGCCAAUGGAUACAAUGGUGGCGAGUCCAUGGGCAAAGUACACCUACCCCUUUCAGUUGCCAGAAGAAAUUCCCUGGCCAAACCCUGCCAGGCGUUAAGGUUCACACCCUCUCUCUCUCUCUCUGCUUCUGAAAUCCCCACCCGGAUCCAUCAGACUUCUGGGGGUGACAAAUGUUUUAACCCAUCUGUUGCCAUCAAUUUUCUAGCCAUAAUUUGUCCUGAAGGGAACCGAUUCCUCUAAGGUUUUUAUUUUAUAUUGUUACUAUUUUUGUUUGUUUUUAAUGUUGGGGGAUGGGUCCAAACUGAACCCCUUUUCCAAGGACCCCAAAGGGUGGAGUCUCCAAACCCCCAAAAGGGAACCUAGUGCUGCAGUUUGGGCCCAUCGCUGGUAUAUUUUUUUAACUCCUAUUUUAAUCUGCAGUCAUUACAAAGUUAUCCGCUCCCAUAUAUGCACAUUCCUCCUGCCAGUCACGACUUCUGUGCAUCCAGGGGGUCUAUUGCUACACGACAGUGUCUCUCUCCGUAUUUAAGAUGCUUCCUCAGACUGACAUGUUUGACUUUUUAAUGUUUGUCGUUUUCAGUUGGGAUGGUUUUAUGUAAGGAGAAUCGUGUUUAGUGUUUUGUGUCACAGUGUAAAGUCUAGAGCACAGUGGACUUUACUUGGAACUAAGUUGCCUCUAUUCAACCCUCUGGGGACCAGCGGCUCCUUGGUGGACUCGGAGCAGUGAGAUGGGAGCUAGACAUGCAAUGGCAAUGAGCAGUCCGUAGAAAGCUGGCCAAAACUGGUGUUAAAGACCCACCUAACUUAGGAUCGCCAACUCUCUGGGAGGUACAGCACCAACAGGCAGGAAGUACCCAGUGCCAGAUGGAGAUCCUGGGGAACACUGUGUUAUGUCAGUACACUAUACUGAACUAAGAUGGGCAGGGAUAUCUCAUAGCUGUAUCCUUUUGGGAAAGUUUUGCCACAUCCCAAGCACCAGGGAGGGCGGGGAUCUCUUCCUUGUUCCACUGCACGGAGGUUAGAGAAAGAACUAGAGUAGCAUGUUGUUAGUCUGUCUCCUCCUCCCAAGCAAUGCAGGGUUGUUCCCCACAGGAUUUCUGCUCCAGCUGAGUUUUAACUUGACCCUCGCCAUUACCUAGGGAGGUGGUGGAAUCUCCAUCCUUAGAGGUUUUUAAGGCCUGGCUUGACAAAGCCCUGGCUGGGAUGAUUUAGUUGGUGUUGCUCCUGCUUUGAGCAGGGGGUUGGACUAGGUAACCUCCUGAGGUCUCUUCCAACCCUGAUAUUUUAUGAUUCUAUGAUUGUUGAAGGCCUCAUAGCAAGCCAGGUGGCAGUCCCAGAACAGGUGGGGAACUAAGAGUGACUGGCCACCUGACCCUGCUCUUCCCCCAUAAAGGGAGGGGGAAUUUAAAGAGACAGAGCCUUCCUUCUCACCCUCCCGUCUUCCCCCACAUCAAUUGAUGCCAAUCCCAGCGUUGCCAGUUUUUGCAAAGGGGUUAAAAUAUUGGCACAGGCUCACACAACGGCCACACACACAUGCAGGGUACCAGGGAAAUGCUCUCCUUUCCCCACUUUAGGUUUAAGACAAUGCUAAGAGAGUGGCUGGCUCCUGACCCUGCCCUAGAGCGCUGGCGACCCUAAAUACGACACAGUGGUUUAUCUGCAGUGUUUCUAUUCAGACAGCAAAAGGGCAGCUGACCUGCAGCUUUUACAUCACAUUGCUGCAGGUGGCAACUCUGCUCCAUGGCCCAUGGGACCAAGCUGCUGCAGCCUCUGGAUUUCCAGACCUGUAGGGACACUUGCUUAGGUCAAGCCUAUCAGAAACCUGAGCUGCAUCAGACAGGUCACUGACACAAGCCUCACACAGCGUGUCUCAGUGACAUGGCAGCAGCGGGGAAUGUAACACAUUGGGAAGGGGGGAGAACCAUUAAUGAAAUCCUCCCCAGUGAGAUCAAACUGCAGUGAAAUGAGCCACCCAUCCCCGUGGCAUGUCUCCUGGGCUCCUCCUCCCCUCACUUUCAAGCCUCAUUAUAGGCUCAGCAGCUUCCUUCCUAUGAGCAGUCAUUUUAGACCUGGCGCAUCUCUAGUUCCUCUAACCUUCGUUUCAACCUUCUGCGUUUCUGAAGGUAUUCAGUGGAGAGGAGCCAAAGUUUAAAGCGCCAGGUCAGAACUGGAGCGGGACAUCUGACACAGACUGUCAAGUGGCAGUGACAGAACGGAAGGGAAGACCCUGCAGGGAAGGGACUGUGGAUUAGGAAGCAGGUCAUAUUGAGCCAUGGUGGCCUGAUGCAGAGUUCAAUGAAAGAGAAUCAGAUCUUUCGCUUGGAGCCACUCAGCAAUGCCAUUUCUAAAGGCGAAGUGAUAUUGAUGCCGGUACUCUGUGCACACGCAACCUUGCAGUCGCAAUCACUUCCACACCUUAUAGACAGGGAAUGUCAGGGAGGGACCUGCCUGCCAAGCAGAUUAUCAGCCUCACCCCAUUUGUUUCUAUCUAUGGUACUUAUCUGACUCUCAUUCCUGGGGUAUCUGUGCGCCUCACAGUCUUGAGUGUAUUUGUCCUCACAGCACCCCUGUGGGCCAGUGCUUGUAUAGCCACUGUACAGAAGGGAACUGAUGCCCAGAGAGGCUAAGUGACUUGUCCAAGGUCACACGAGGAGUCUGUGAGAGAGCAGGGAAACGCGCCCAGGACUCCCAAUACAGCACCCUCUCCACUGGACCAGUUAAAUGGAAUUCCCAGUUUCCCGUGAAGGGGCAAACCAGUGAAAAUCUGGAGUGCCCGAGCGUAGCCAUGGAGUUGUUCUAGAUUUGCUCCCGGGUUACUCUGAGAAGAGCUUGGCCGGAUGUGUGAUUCGUUCCCUCUAGACUGAAGGGAUGAAUGAAAUUGAGGAGCCAAGCAGUGGGAGGGCAUAUGACACAGGGGACUGGUAUGUCUCGCCUCCCCCCUCCUCCGCCCCCCGUUUGCUGUUUCCCCCUUUAUAGACUGCACUACCAAUUCCAAAGCACUAGUGAGUUUGCCCACUGAUUUCUAUCUCUCUCAGCUCACCCCCGCACGGUACAAUAUGGAUAAUCUGUUGGGAUUGCACCUUUUUAAAGCUCGUUAUUUAGGCCUGUGUGGAAUCUCUAAACAGAAGCAGCGCCUGUAUUUGCAUUUUUCCUAUUAACCUGUCCUAAGCCAUCAUGGGGGCAAGACACGGAACAGCCUUCAAACUAAGGUACCAAAGAGUUAACGUUAUCCUAGGUUUACAAAUGUAUUUGUAGGGCUCGUAUUAAGUUACAUUUAUACCCAUGAGAUAUUUUUUAUGCUGUAAACUUUAUAUACAUGUUUUUAAGGAAAGAUUUUAAAAUUAAAGGUAUUUCUUCUUUUUCAA